AUGAAAAUCCCCAGGAAAGUACUCUCCAAAAGGAUUCAGUUCUUUGUGCUUUCUUCCCUAGCACUUUUCUUUUUCUUUUUCGCAUACGACAGUCCUUCACCCAUGUUCACCGGGCUAGAGGCCACUUUUGGCCCAGGAUAUGCCAGAUACCACAGUCUCCUGUACUCCGCAUACGCCCUCCCAAAUCUUCUUCUCCCGUUGCUUUUUAACCUCUCCGCAGAAUCUGACCAUAAUAAGCUAUUUUACACAUACGGCCUAAUUGUCCUAGGACAAACCAUAACAUCAAUUGGUGCCUGCCUCCAGAUAUUCGAGUGCAUCCUGGCAGGCCGCUUCAUUAUUGGCCUAGGCGGAGAGAGUUUCACAAUCAUCCAGAAUAAGAUGCUUUCUUCCCUCUUUUACUCCCACGAGCACGGCAGAAUAUUCGGGCUUAGUCUAGCCAUAGGCAGGCUAGGCUCAAUAUUAGCCUAUCUCUUGCUGGGCACCCUAAUUGAAAAGGGCCUAAUCUACUGCUCCCUACUGACUACCUGUCUAAUUUGGCUUGGGGGUGCACUAAUUAUGUGCAUCUGCAGGAAGGAAUAUAUUAGCACAUCACAAGAACCAGAAAUAAUUGAAGAACAAAACACGCACCAUCUAUUGCCAUUUUUCAUUGGAAUGGGUGUGCUGCUUGCCUGUUCCAUCUCCAUAUUCUCCAGUAAUAAUUCUGCCAUCUUGCAGCGCAGGCUUAAUUUAACCUCAAAGCAAGCUAGUAGGGCUCUUGCCUUGCAGGAAGUGGUUGCCUUAGGGUGCACUGUUGUAAUUAGUAUUAUAACAGAUAAAUAUGGGCACAGACUUAGCUGUAUAUGCUUAGGCAGUAUAUUCCUGAUAUUCGGACACAGUAUGAUAUUUUAUUCUAUUUCUAUCUCUUAUUUGCCCUCUUUCCUGCUGGGUCUUGCUUCUGGCAUGCAGACGUGCAAUUGGCCUUGCUAUCCCUUGCUGCUUUCCCCAGAUAAAUUAGGCAUAGGACUGUCUCUUUUGUCUUGCUCUAUUAAUCUUGCGUAUUCCGUGUGUCCCCCAAUUAUCAGCAGAAUAACGGACAGUGCAUUUAAGGCAUCUGAAUAUUACAGUAUACUAUUUGCGACUACGUCUGCUGCCAUAUCCGGCUACAUUAUACUUGCGAAUACAUGGCGUGGCUACGGGUUAAAUGGCACCUCGCAUUAUAAGGUGGUGAAGACUGAGUUAGACGUAAUUACAUCAAGUGCAGCCACUCCCGUAUUAAUAAGGGUGGGGGCAUAG